GAAUAUAAUUUUCGAGAAGAAAUUUAAGAAAUGUUUAUGUUAUUUUAAAGUGCAACGAUCUGCGAGGGUGUUUUGUUUGUUUGUUUGUUUUUGUUAAUUAAUUUUGUUUGUUUGUGCAUAUAUAUAUAUAUGUGUGUGUGUGUGUGUGUGUGUGGGUAUGCGUUCGAGAAAAGUUUAUUAAUAUCAUUUGUAAUGAAUGAAAACGAUGGAAAUCGCAAAAAAUAAAUUACGAUCGAUUUAUAAUAAAUAAGGAAUAAAUUAAUUUAAAACAUAGAGAGAAUAUGGAAGAAGAUAUAUUAUUAUUAUGAGCAACGUUGGUAGAUUGACGAUUUUAAUUUUGAUAACAACAUUGACGUAUCUGAAGGCAUUGACGGUUGUCAACCAUCAUAACGACGACGAAUAUGUACUCGAGCAUGAAGUCCUUUACAAGGAUGCGAUCAACGAAGCAAAGAAACUCGAGAUUUAUCCAGGUCCAAUACCAGGAUGUAAACAUUGCACCAAUUCAGAGAUAACCUAUUGCAAGAAUGGAAGCGUCAUUAAUGAUCAUUGCUGUUGCGAUGGUAGUUAUAAUAUGUUCCCCUUCGUUGAACACACUUGUCGCGUGGGACCAGAAGAAUGCAAAGUAGAGGCUGGAGAUUGUGCAGAGUAUACAAGAUUACGUGAAUGUUGUUGUCACUCUUACUUGGCGUCUGUGUGGAAAUAUUUAGCGACCGGCGAAGGAUCUCGCAAUGAUGCAAAUUUAAUAAUGUUCCUGACGAUAAUAGCAAUGGUGCUUGGAUUAUACUUAACGUAAAAGCCGAUUAUAAAAAACAUUACCAAAUAUUUUGUACAGUAUGGGAGUAUACUCCUUAAUAAAUUAUUUUUACAUCGAUUAAUAAUAAUUAAUUCGAAAUAGACGA